UUUGGCUACCCAAAAGCUACGCAGGACGAAGUAGUUUGAAGUAAAAAAGCUUUUUUUUGAAAACUUGACGGAUGUCGGCCUUUUCUCACUUAGCCGCGUCCGAUAUUAUCGUCCAGUCUCGUUUUUCUUUUUUUUUCCUGAGUAACUGCAUAAGUCCUAAAUCAAAACCGACUGGAACCCGCUACAUACGAAUAUUUUUUUUUCCACCGUGACGUUCCAACUAAGUACUAAUGUGAUGGCGAUGUCUUCUGGUGACAGCCGGUCUUCGGUGAGUUCCGCGACUCUAGCAGUGUUGGCUACCAUCGGGUGCGCCAUUUUUGCAGUUGCGGUCUACAUUGUGGCGACGGAGGAGGAGCCCGAGGCGAAGCGGCCAAACCCGGUGCCCGAACAGCAGCAAAAGUCGGUGCCCAAAAAGCGGCCAUUCUAUCCCUCAUAUGAGUGGAAAGUCGUCGCAGAGGACCAGAUGGUGCCACCGGGUCUGGAAAUUCGAAUGAACCUCGAGACAGGCCAAAAUGAGGCUAGAUUGCCAACCCCGCCCGGUGUUUGAUGAAUCUUACCAAAGGCCCAGGCUCUCCUAACGCCAACAUAAUUGAGUAAGCACCUUUAACAGAAGCGACAAGAGUUCACAAAAUCAAAUGCGCAGUACGUAAAGUAGUCUGCUAGUCAUCUGGAGGUCCUUAUGGGGUUGAUGUUAAUGAACAGUUUAUCAUGAGUUCAUGAUGAGUAAAUGACCAAGUAAUUGACAUGGUUGGAAUUACCAGUACCUGAACUGGCACAGUCACUCCGGUAGUCGUUGUGCUCUCGAUGGGAAAAAUCUCUGCCGCAGCUGUUGCUGGUUAUCCGAG